GUUAUGGUUAAGGUAAGGGCAGGAGUUAAGGUUAGAGUAGGGACGUUCCAAAGAUCCCGGGUCAACCGCCAUUCCACUCGCUAGUGCUUCGUUCCAUCAGAUAACCUUUAUGGUGCUUCUGGUAUGGCGUCUACCAUGUAAUGCCAUAAUUAUACCUAAACACAGCUAUCCACCUAAACGUGGAGAAACGAAAUACAUGGUUGCAAGCCGUCAGUACUAACCAGGCUGUGGAGAUAGCCAGUGGGUAAUGAUGGAGCAGGAGGAAGUGCGGGACACAAUUGGUCAGGCAAGACACUCUCUCUUUGGAUGCAACAACAAAAGGGGGGAUAAAAGGCAACGAGAAAACAGCACUGACGAGGAUAGAGGGGAAGUACAAGAGAAUGACUGGGAUGAAAACUAUGAAUGUGACAGCAACAUAUCAUAUUUCGAAGAUGAGAUGGAUCGAAUUUUGGACCCAGAGGAAAAUAAAGACUGUUGGACAGAACCUUCAGAGACUGUAGACGGCAAUGGGGCAGCAGUUACAGAGACUAGAGGGAGGGAAGACUCCCUGUCCAAUGGAACAGAAGUUAUAGAGCUUAGAGUGGGCAGUGAUUCUCCUCCCUGUAGGACAGCAGUUAUAGAGACUAGAGGGAAGGAUGACUCCCCUCCCAAAGUGACAGUCUCUUCACAGUCCAGAGUAAGGUUUCCCUCGUCUUCCUCCUUAAUAGAUUCCGAUUUCAAAGAAGAGUUGGAUCAACUUAUGGACCAAGAAGAAGAUGAAGACGGUUGGACAGAACAUUCAGAGACUGUAGACGGGAAUGAUUCCCCGUCCAAUGGGACAGACUCUUCACAGCCCAGAGUAAGGGGUUCCUCCCCUCUCUCCACUGAGACUUCAGAGUCCAGUGAGGAGGAUGAAGACACAUUUUCCUUUGAGACAGAAGCCAUAGAGACCAGAGCUUCAAAAAAGAGAAAAACCAUCUCCAGCCCUAAAGGAAAACAGAAAAAGGGGCAAAAGAAGGCCAGGCCUCCAUCCUCUCCCCUCUGGUUAUCCAGCCCUGCCAAAUCCAGAAGGAACGCUCAUGCAGCCACACCUCUUAUCAUUGUGUCAGAGAGGAGGUGGAAGACUGAGGAUGAACCAGACCAAGAGCCUAAACUGUUCCCCUUCGAACCAGCUAGGACUCCUGGACCCCAGCUAGACACUUCAAAGAACUACACUGUUCUAGAGCUCUUCCAGCUCUUCUUCAGUAAUGACAUUGUUGAUACUCUCUGCUCAAACACCAACAAGAAUGCCAAGAGAAGACAUGAACAGGGAUUUAAACCUGUAUCUGUGGAGGAAAUGUACAACUACCUCAGCAUUGUAAUCUAUAUGGGUCUGCUGAAUGUGCACACUGUAUCAGACUACUGGGUCCCGAACAGGUUGUAUGGUAUUCCUUUUUGCCGUACAGUCAUGACUAUGACAAGAUUUCGGGCAAUCACCUAUUCACUGCACAUGAGUGACCCAGCAGAGGAUGAGGAAAACGACAAGAAGAAGGGGACUGCAGGGUAUGAUCGGCUCAUGAGAAUCAAACCUCUCAAAGACCAGAUAUUGGCGGCAUGCAGGGCCUUCUACCACCCAUUCCAGAAUCUUUCCAUUGAUGAGCGCAUGGUGCACUCCAAGGCCCGCCACGGCCUCAAACAAUACAUUAAAUCCAAGCCCUACAGAUAUGGAUUCAAGCUGUAUGUUUUAGCAGAUUCAAGAAAUGGCUAUACCUGCGACUUCAAUGUCUUUAUGAGCAAGAACCCAUCUGCUUCAGGAAAAGGGGAGAGCUAUGACGCUGUCAUGGACCUGUUGAAUAUCCCUCACUUGGGCACUGGGUACCACAUUUACGUUGAUAAUUAUUUCACCAGCGCCACUCUCUUCCGUGACCUGUACAAGAGCAAAUUAGGAGCUUGUGGAACCAUACGUGAAAACCGUGUGGGCCUCGCUGGUGUUCAAGAGAACAGUAUGCCACCCAGAGCAAAGAGAGGGACCAUCCGCUGGCUUCGUAACGGGGAGCUGCUCUUCACCAAGUGGAUGGACGCACGACCAGUCAUCAUGUGUACCACCAUCCAUAAAGCCUUUGCAAAGGAGCAGGUCCAACGACGCAAGAGGUUAGAGGAUGGCACCUGGACAACAGAGCCUGUACCCGCCCCAGCGCCACUCAAGUCCUACAACAAGUAUAUGGGGGGUGUGGACCUGUCUGAUUCCCUUAUCAAAUGCUACAGUGUGGCCCAGAAAACCAUGAAGUGGUACAAGACCUUCUUCUACCACUUUGUAGAUGUUGCUGUGGUGAACAGCUGGCUCAUGCACAAGGACAUGGCCGUGACUAAGAACACAAAGCCCAUGGCCCAAAAACAGUUCAGGGAGAAGCUGUGUUCGCAGCUUGCUGAUAUUGCACUGAAAGGGGAUGUUCAGGAGGAGAGGGGCGAGGAGCAGAAGGAACAACCGAGCGAACAGCGAUUGGAAAAGCAGGGUGAAAAGCAUGGUAAAAAACAGGAUGAAAAGCAGGGUGAAGAAGAGGAAGAGGUGGAAGUUGGUUUAUUGUGCUGUCCUGUGCCCACAAAAGAUCCCAUCACUGUUGCGUUGUGUAAUAAAGCUUCUGAGGGAAGGAGGCAGUGUCAUUUGUGUAAGCACAAGACCAUUUGGCAGUGCGAGUCCUGCAAGGUGGCACUCUGCAUAAUACCAGAUAGGAACUGCUUCAGAAUAUGGCAUGUGAAAAAAGACAAUGACGAGCAAGAUUCAAGUUAGUAGUUUAUUUUCGUUCCAGGGGUUAGGCCUACAGGAUUUCUGAAUUGGUGGGAUGUAUAGGGAAUUGUUGCGCCUAUAUAUUGUCACACAUUGGGCCAGUAACCGAAAGGUCGCUGGUUUGAAUACCUGAUCCGACAAGGUGAAAAAUCUGUCGACGUGCCUUUGAGCAAGGCACUGUACCCUAAUUUGCCCCAGGGGCGCCAUACGACUAUGGCUGGCCCUGUAAAUCAACAGAUUUCACUGCACCUAUCUGGUGUAUGUGAUGACAAAACUAUAUAUUUUAUUUUUUAUUCAAAUGUAUUUGUGUUCACCACAAAUGUUUGCUUAUGGUUGCCAAUAGUUUUGUGCGGUAAACACAUGGCUUGCUAUAACUGCCAAAAGCUCAACAAUGAUUUCUAUAUCACAUAUCAGGAAUUGCUUAACAAAAAAACAUUGGAAGACAUUUUGCUGUCCAUUAGAAAAUAGCAACUGUUUUUUUUAUUGAUCAUUUUGGAAAUUGUUUCAGAUCAUUCUGAAUUUGUUGUUCACCUUUAUGCUUUGGAAUUGCCACUUUGGGAACAUUUCAGCUUGCCUGCUUUGGUUACCAGGGUUUGUGUUAAUAAAUAAAAACAUCUAUAACAUUC